UAACUCUGUUUUUUAUCGACAUUUCAUACACACAGCACGGAACACAACCAAAACGUGUACAUCUACGUUAUCCGCUUAGCCCAAACGUGGACAUUGACUACGUAGUUUGCGUACAUGUUCACAGAGGGCGCAUCGCGUUCGAUGAUCGCGUAAAACUGGACCGUGACAGCGUUCAGGCGGGUGCCGCACACGACUGUUCUAUAUUUAGCAUCAGCUGGCGUCGCCGUCGUCGCGUUCGUGCGAAUUGGCGUUCGAACAUGUAUAAACGCGGCGCGUUGAUAGUUUUGGAGGGCUGCGAUCGGGCCGGCAAGUCGACCCAGGUGAAGAUGCUGAUGAGCGCGCUCAACGAUAUGCAGAUCCCGGCGAAGGCCUGGGCAUUCCCAAACAGGAAGACCCCAGUUGGAGCUGUCCUGAAUAGCUUUCUGUCGAAGGAGAUAAAUCUGCCACCGGAGGCGGCCCACCUGCUGUUCUCCGCCAAUCGCUGGGAGUGCAAGGAGGACAUGGAGAAGGAGCUCCGAUCCGGCGUCACUCUGGUGAUGGACAGAUACGCGGCCUCCGGUGCUGUGUACACGGCAGCCAACACGGGCAGAUGUCUCUGGUGGUGCCAGCAGGCUGAUCUGGGCCUCCCGAAGCCGGACUGCGUGGUGUUGCUCAAGGUGUCCAAGCAGUACCAGAAGCUGCGCAGUGACUGGGGCAAGGAGAGGUUUGAGCAUGACGAAUUUCAGCAGCGCGUCGACAUCAAUUACGACAAUUUAAGAGACGACACGUGGGUCGUUGUAAACGCCGACCAAGACGAGUUGGGGGUGCACGCCGAGAUAGUGCAGCAAACACUGUCCGUUAUUCAAGCGGUUCAAUAUUGUAACAUUAAAUCGCUAGGUGACUGAAAGCGUCGACAAGCCUCUGUUUCCACCUGUCUUUACUUCUCGGCAAAAAAUUGUUAUAUUAGUAAUUACUGUAUUGGUAUAUAGUAAAGUACUAUAUAGUAAAGAAUUACUAUAUUAGUAAUUCUAUGGGGCUUUAAUAAAAUCUUGAUAAGAUAUUAAAUACAUCACUUAAACAGCUUUAUUUUGAUAUCUGGAAGUUUGUAUGUAACUAAGCUUCGCACCUACAGAAUAGCAAAAUUGUAAAGGUUAACUGUUAUUUGAUAGAUAUAAUAUUGAUUAAUAUAACAUUGAUUAAUAUAACUAAGAUAUUGUUGAGAUUUAAAAGAAGUGGGGCAAUUAAAAUAAACACGUUUAAUUGUUUAUUUUAAUUUUUCCAAUAAAUAUGUAUAUGUAUAUUUUUUAUACCGCCAAGUUGAUUUUAUAUAUGCCUUAAAAUUAUUUAUCUUACAGAUAUAAUCUUGAAAAUUUGUCGUACAAAUAUAAAACAGAUGGUUACAUAAUAAACUUCGUGACGAAAGUUACUUUGAUUUUUAUCGUCCAUAAAUGAAAUUCGAGCAUAUCAGAUAACAUUACGCGGUUUACCUUGCGAAGUUACAUAAUUCUACAUUUAUCAUAAUGAUAAGUAACCGACGCAGAAUGUCGUUUUGCUUUAAAUAAUAUCUGACUUUUUAGGUUUUAGUCUGACAUUUAAAAGAGAAGCCUGGGGGCUGCAGGUAUCUCUCGGAUAAAGUUAGAUGUAAGUGUAGAAAGACGUGGUUCUAUCGUAUGUUUCAACUCUAUCUCAGCGAAACAGUAUUCACCAGAUAUUUCCGUUCGCACACUUUAUGCGCGCAUGUGCAUUUGUAUGUCUGGCGAGAUACAUUUCGUUCUAGCGGCAUGAUUGAUGUUCCAGCGCGUACUGUAACAUAAUUGAAACUGUAGACAAUAGGAAAGUAUUUACAAUGUAAAGUCUUGAAAAGAAAUGCGUGUUACUACAUUUCUAACAAUACUAAUAGAACAAGUUAGACAUAAAAACUUGUAUGUUAUAUGUACAUAAAUUUUGUAAUGUCUCGAACUUUUUGUACUAUAGAUAUAAGUAAUCUUUGAUAUAAGUUGGGUUUAUUGUAGUUUAUUAAGAGGGAGAAACUAUUAGGUCAUCACGAGGCGAAAAAGCGCUAAUUCUUCUCCGAAGAAAAGAAUAAAAGUUUAAUUGUCGAUUCUUUCCACUUUAAGAACGUAACUCGCCUACUUUAUUACGCUUGUAUAACGAUCACUUGUAAAGAUUAGAAUUGAAUUAUAGUAACGGUUAAUUCAUCCUGCUCCUUUUCUAAUCUUAAUUAUAGUGCACGAACCAAAAAGGGGAGGAGGCAAUAAAUAAAAGUGGAGGUAUUUUGCAAUUUU